CCCUGUCCUGGUCCCUCUCCCACACCGACCUGCCGUGCCGCCAUGGGGCUGCCGCGGGGCUGCCUGGUGGCCCUGUGCCUGGCCCUGGCCUUGGCCAGGGGCACGGAGCUGCGGAAAGAGGGCAGAGCCUGGAGCCACGGUCACAGCGUCUGCAGCACCUGGGGCGACUCCCACUACAAGACCUUCGACGGCGACGUCUUCCGCUUCCCCGGCCUCUGCGACUACAACCUGGCCUCCGACUGCCGCGACGCCUACAAGGAGUUCGCCGUGCACCUGCGGCGUAGCCCCGGCCGCGACGGUGGCCACCCCCAGGUGGACUACAUCCUGCUGACCGUCAAGGACGACGCCAUCUACCUCACCCGCCAGCUGGUCGUGGUGAACGGGGCCAUGGUCAGCACCCCCCACUACACGCCCGGGCUGCUCAUUGAGAAGAAUGACGCCUACACGAAGGUCUUCUCCCGCGCCGGCCUGACCCUCAUGUGGAACCGGGAGGACUCAGUCAUGCUGGAGCUGGACAGUAAGUUCCGGAACCACACCUGCGGCCUCUGCGGCGACUACAACGGCCUGCAGUCCUACUCGGAGUUCCUCUCGGACGGCGUGCUGUUCAGUGCCAUCGAGUUUGGGAACAUGCAGAAGAUCAACAAGCCUGAGGUCACGUGCGACGACCCCGAGGAGGAGCCGCCGGCCCCCAAGUCCUGCUCCCAGCACCGCGCCGAGUGCCAGAGGCUGCUGACGGCCGCGGCCUUCGAGGGCUGCCGGAGCCUGCUGCCGCUGGAGCCCUACGUGGCGGCUUGCACCCAGGACCGCUGCCAGUGCCCGGCCGGCGCCUCCUGCGAGUGCAGCACCCUCGCCGAGUUCUCCCGCCAGUGCUCCCACGCCGGCGGGCGCCCGGGGACCUGGAGGACGGCCUCGCUCUGCCCCAAGACCUGCCCUGGGAACAUGGUUUACCUGGAGAGCAGCUCGCCCUGCAUGGACACCUGCUCGCACCUGGAGAUCAGCAGCCUGUGCGAGGAGCACCGCAUGGACGGCUGCUUCUGCCCCGAAGGCACCGUGUACGACGACAUCGAGGGCCGCGGCUGCGUCCCCGUAAGCCAGUGCCACUGCAGGCUGCACGGGCGUUCCUACGCGCCCGGCCAGCAGGUCAGCAACAGCUGUGAGCAGUGCGUCUGCCACGCCGGCCGCUGGGUGUGCAAAGACCUGCCGUGCCCCCGGACCUGCGCCCUGGAGGGCGGCUCCCACAUCACCACCUUCGACGGGAAGAAGUACACCUUCCACGGGGACUGCUACUACGUGCUGACCAAGGCCGACCAGGAAGACGCCUUCGCCCUCCUGGGCGAGCUGGGCCCCUGCGGCUCCACGGACAAGCAGACCUGCCUCAAGACGGUGGUGCUGCUGGCCGACAAGAAGAAGAACGUGGUGGCCUUCAAGUCAGACGGCAGCGUCUUGCUGAACGAGCUGCAGGUGAACCUGCCCCACGUGACAGCGAGCUUCUCCAUCUUCCGGCCAUCCUCCUACCACCUGGUGGUGAGCACGGACUUCGGCCUCCGGCUGCAGGUGCAGCUCGAGCCCGUGAUGCAGCUGUUCCUGACGCUGGACCAGGCCGCCCAGGGCCGCGUGCAGGGCCUCUGCGGCAACUUCAACGGCCAGGAGAGCGAUGACUUUCAGACGGCAGGCGGGCUGGUGGAGGCCACGGGGGCCAGCUUCGCUAACACCUGGAAGGCCCAGUCCAGCUGCCAGGACAAGCUGGACUGGCUGGACGACCCUUGCUCCCUCAACAUCGAGAGCGCCAACUAUGCCGACCACUGGUGCUCCCUGCUGAAGAAGAAGGAGACGCCCUUUGGCAGGUGCCACUCCGCCGUGGACCCGGCCGAGUACUACAAGAGGUGCAGAUACGACACGUGCAACUGCCAGAACAACGAGGACUGCAUGUGCGCCGCCCUCUCCUCCUACGCCCACGCCUGCGCCGCCAAGGGCGUGCUGCUGUGGGGCUGGCGGGAGCUCGUCUGCAACAAGGACGUGGGCUCCUGCCCCAAGUCGCAGGUCUUCCUGUACAACCUGACUGCCUGCCAGCAGACCUGCCGCUCGCUCUCCGAGGCCGGCACCCACUGCCUCCAGGGCUUUGCCCCCGUGGACGGCUGCGGCUGCCCCGACAACACCUUUCUGGACGAGAAGGGCCACUGCGUGCCCCUGGCCAAGUGCCCCUGCUACCACCAGGGCCUCUACCUGCAGGCCGGCAAGGUGGUCGCCAGGCAGGAGGAGCAGUGCGUCUGCCGGAAUGCCAGGCUGCACUGCACCCGGGUCAGGCUGCUCGGCCACCGCUGUGCGGCCCCGAAGAUCCACGUCGACUGCAACAACCUGACCGCGCUGGCCGUCCGGAGCCCCAGGCCCGUCAGCUGCCAGACCCUGGCCGCCGGCUCUUACCAGACCGAGUGCGUCAGUGGCUGCGUGUGCCCUGAGGGGCUGCUGGACGACGGCCAUGGGGGCUGCGUCAAGGAGGAGGCCUGCCCCUGCGUGCACAACCAGGACCUGUAUGCCCCCGGGAGCCGCGUGCACGUGGACUGCAACACCUGCACCUGCCAGAGAGGACACUGGGCCUGCACCCAGACCAGGUGCCACGGCACCUGCACCAUCUACGGGAGCGGGCACUACAUCACCUUCGAUGGGAAGUACUACGACUUCGACGGGCACUGCUCCUACGUGGCCGCUCAGGACUACUGCGGCCAGAACUCCUCGCGGGCCUCCUUCAGCAUCAUCACCGAGAACGUCCCCUGUGGCACGACAGGCGUCACCUGCUCCAAGGCCAUCAAGAUCUUCCUGGGGAGGACGGAGCUGAAGCUGGAGGACAAGCAGCACUCCGUGAUCCACCGAGACGAGGGCACCCGCGUGGCCUACACCACGCGGGAGGUGGGCCUGUACCUGGUGGUGGAGACCAGCACCGGUAUCAUCGUCAUCUGGGACAAGAGGACCACCGUAUUCGUCAAGCUGGCGCCCUCCUACAAGGGCGCCGUGUGCGGCCUGUGCGGGAACUUCGACGGGCGCUCCAACAACGACUUCACCACGCGCGACCACAUGGUGGUGGAGAGCGAGCUGGACUUCGGGAACAGCUGGAAGGAGGCCCCCACCUGCCCGGACGUGGCCACCAUCCCUGACGCCUGCGCCAAGAACCCCCACCGCCGGGCCUGGGCGGAGAAGCAGUGCAGCAUCAUCAAGGGCCCCGUCUUCCGAGUCUGCCACAGCAAGGUGGACCCCAAACCCUUCUACGAGAACUGCGUCCAGGACUCCUGCUCUUGUGACACCGGCGGGGACUGCGAGUGCUUCUGCUCCGCGGUGGCCUCCUAUGCCCAGGAGUGCACCAAGGAGGGCGCCUGCGUGUUCUGGAGGACUCCGGAGCUGUGCCCCGUGUUCUGCGACUACUACAACCCCCCUGACGAGUGCGAGUGGCACUACGAGCCCUGCGGGAACCGCAGCUUCGAGACCUGCAGGACCAUCAACGGCAUCCACUCGAACAUCUCCGUGUCCUACCUGGAGGGCUGCUACCCCCGGUGCCCCUCGGGCAAGCCCGUCUAUGACGAGGACCUGAAGAAGUGUGUCAAGAAGGAAGAGUGCGGCUGCUACAUGAACGGCACCCACUACCCACCCGGCGCGACCGUCCCCCCGAAGACAGAAUGCGAGUCUUGCAUGUGCCACAACAACUCAAAGGUCUGCCAGUUUGAGGAAGGGAAGAUCCUCAACUUCACCCAGAACGGCGCCUUCUGCUACUGGGAGUGGUGCGUCCCCAACGGCACGGAGAAGCACUUCAACGUCUGUGUGUCCACCACGACUCCUGUGUCCACGACCCCCACCACGACUCCUGUCUCCACGCCCCCCACCACGACUCCUGUGCUCUCCACCACCACCACCACCCCCACCCCCACCCCCACCGUGCCCAGCACAGCUCCGCCUUCCUCUCCGCCGCCGAAGCUGUGCUGCUUCUGGUCCGACUGGAUCAACGAGAACCACCCGAGUCCCGGGCCCGAGGGCGGCGACCGAGAGACGUUCCACAGCGUCUGCCAGGCCCCCGAGGACAUCGAGUGCAGGGCGGCCGAGGACCCCCACCUCAGCUGGGAGGACCUGGGCCAGAAGGCCCAGUGCGACGUCUCUGUCGGGUUCGUCUGCAACAACACAGAUCAGUUUGACGGGCCGUUCCCCCGCUGUUACGACUACGAGAUUCGUGUCAACUGCUGUCUGCCAAUGGAUGAGUGUCCCGUGUCCUCAACCCCGAAGCCGACACCCACCACCACCACCACCACCACCACCACGGUGACGACCACCCCGACCCCAGAACCGACGACCACCACCACCACAACACCCACACCCACGCCAGAACCCACCACCACUGUGACCCCGACCCCAGAACCAACGACCACCACCACCACCACGGUGACCCCCACCACCACCACCACGGUGACCCCCACCCCCACCCCCACCCCCACCACAACCACCACCACCACCACGGGGACGCCCACGCCUACACCAGAACCGACGACCACCACCACCACACCCACGCCAGAAUCCACCACCACUGAGACCCCCACGCCAACACCCACCACCACCACCACCACCACCACCACCACGGGGACGACCACGCCUACGCUAGAAUCCACCACCACAGGGACCUCAACGCCAACACCCACCACCACCACCACCACCACCACCACCACCACGGGGACAACCACCCCUACGCCAGAAUCCACCACCACUGAGACCCCCACGCCAACACCCACCACCACCACCACCACCACGGAAACGACCACCCCUACGCCAGAGUCCACCACCACAGUGACCUCAACGCCAACACCCACCACCACCACCACCACCACCACCACAGGGACGACCACCACUUCAGUCAGUGUGUCAACCCCCACGCCAACCCCGACCGUUACCACUAAUAAUAUUACAUGGUGCUGCGAGUUGAACGGCACGUUCUAUCUCCCAGGUGAGAUGCUGUACAAUGGCACUCACGGAGACACCUGCUACUAUGCCAACUGCUCGAUUAACUGCACCAUCGAGAUCUUCAACUGGUCGUGCCCAUCCACACCCUCCCCCAAGCCCCCAGCACCCACGCCGACGCCCUCCUCCACGCCCCGCCCGCCUGCGCCCACGACAUCACUCACGCCGACCCCCAUCAAGCCCCCGGGGUGCCCAGACUUCGACCCUCCCAGACAGGAGAACGAGACGUGGUGGCUCUGCAACUGCACCAUGGCCGUGUGCAAGCACGACCACACCGUGGAGCUGGUGCAGGUGGAGUGCAAGCCCCCGCCCAUGCCCACCUGCUCCAACAACCUCACGCCCGUGCGCGUCAUGGACCCCGACGGCUGCUGCUGGCACUGGGAGUGUGACUGCUACUGCACGGGCUGGGGGGACCCGCACUACGUGACCUUCGACGGGCUCUACUACAGCUACCAGGGCAACUGCACCUACGUGCUGGUGGAGGAGGUCACCCCCAACGUGGACAACUUCGGGGUCUACAUCGACAACUACCACUGCGACGUCAACGACCGGGUGUCCUGCCCCCGCACGCUCAUCGUGCGCCACGAGACCCAGGAGGUGCUGAUCAGGACGGUGCACAUGGCGCCCGUGAAGGUGCAGGUGCAGGUCAACAAGCAGGCCGUGGCUCUGCCCUACAAGAAGUUCGGGCUGCAGGUGUACGAGUCGGGCAUCAACUACGUGGUGGACAUCCCCGAACUGGGCGCCGUCAUCUCCUACAACGGCCUCUCCUUCUCCAUCCGGCUGCCCUACUACCGCUUCGGCAACAACACCAAGGGCCAGUGUGGCACCUGCAACAACAACACGCAGGACGACUGCGUGCUGCCCAGUGGCGAGGUCAUCUCCAACUGCGAGGUCUCAGCCGACCAGUGGGUGGUGAACGACCCGACCAAGCCGCACUGUCCCCACACCAGCCUCACCACCCGGCGCCCGGCCACCACACCAGCAGGGGGCAGCUUGGUCACCCCGCACAAGAACUGCUCGUCUCCUCUCUGUGAGCUCAUCAAGGACAGCCUGUUUGCCCCGUGCCACGCUCUGGUGCCCCCCCAGCACUACUACGAAGCCUGCAUGUUUGACACCUGCUUUGUGCCCAACGCGGGCAUGGAGUGCGCCAGCCUGCAGACCUACGCCGCCCUCUGCGCCCAGCAGGGCGCCUGCAUCGACUGGCGGAACCACACCCACGGGGCCUGCCCGCUGGUGUGCCCGUCCCACAGGGAGUACCGGGCCUGCGGGCCUGUGCAGGAGCCCACCUGCAAGUCCAGCUGCCCGCAGAACAGCACCCUGCUGAUGGAAGGCUGCUUCUGUCCCGAGGGCACCAUGAGCUACGCCCCCGGCGUCGACGUCUGCGUGAGCGUGUGUGGCUGCGUGGGACCCGACAACGUGCCCAGAGAGUUCGGGGAGCACUUCGAGUUCGACUGCAAGGACUGCGUCUGCCUGGAGGGCGGGAGCGGCAUCGUCUGUCAGCCCAAGAAGUGCAACCAGAACCCACCCAUCCGGUGCUCUGAGGACGGCACCUACCUGGUCACCGAAGUGGACCCGUCGGACACCUGCUGCAACAUCACCUCCUGCAAGUGCAACACCAGCCUGUGCAAGGAGAAGCCCCCGCAGUGCCCGCUGGGCUUCGAGGUGAAGGGCGAGAUGCUGCCGGGGCGGUGCUGCCCCUUCUACUCCUGCGCACCCAAGGGCGUGUGCGUUGUCGGGAACGCCGAGUACCAGCCCGGCUCGCCAGUGUACUCCUCCAAGUGCCAGCUGUGCGUCUGCACCAACGUCACGGACAGCGCCACGCAGCUCAAGGCGGUGUCCUGCAGCCACGUGCCCUGCAACCGAGUCUGCAGCCCCGGCUUCGAGCUGGUGAACGUCUCCGGCGAGUGCUGCCCCCGGUGCGAGCAGACCAAGUGCAUCAUCAACAAGCCUGGCCAGGAGCGGCCCCUCAUCCUGAAGCCCGGGGACUUCGUGAACGACCCCAGGAACAACUGCACGCUCUACAGCUGCAUGAAGAUCCACAACCAGCUGAUCUCGUCCGUGUCCAACAUCACCUGCCCCGACUUCGACCCCAGAGACUGCCUCCCGGGCUCCAUCACCCUCAUGCCCAAUGGCUGCUGCAAGAAAUGCAUCCCUCGCAAUGAGACCAGGAUCCCCUGCACCACCGUCCCCGUCACCCGGGAGAUUUCAGAUGGCGACUGCACCGCGAGGGUCUCCAUGAAUUACUGCACCGGCUCCUGUGGGACCUUCUCCAUGUACUCGGAGGAGGCGCAGGCCCUGGACCGCCUGUGCUCCUGCUGCAAGGAGGAGCGCACCAGCCAGCGUGAGGCGCAGCUGCUCUGCCCCGACGGCAGCCGGCGCACACGCACCUACACCCACAUCGAGAGCUGCCUGUGCCAGGACAGCGUGUGCGGGCCCCUGCCCGCCCGGCAUGGGGGCCCUGGCCGCACCCGGCGCUCCCGGAGGGGCUGAGCGGGGCAGCCCCCGCCCAGACCCCAUGCCCACCCCGUCCGCACCCCCGACCCGCUGACCCUCUGAGCUCCCUCACCUCCUGAGCUGGCAUCCUCUCGGUAGAUAUUUAUUUUCCGAGCCUUUGUUCAAAUCUUCGCUUUCAAAAUAAACUCAGGCAGAGA